AUGACCGCUGUUAUAAAUCGAGGCCAAUAUGUUGAGUGCAGAACACCACAUAACAGUCGUACAUUUUGCAGCGUCCAGUCAACACGUCCGAUUACAGUGAUGAGCUACACCCUUGGAAGUUCAGUCGAUAAUUUGAACUUCACUAAUCUAAUCAUCAGUCCGUCGAUGGUGUACAUACCACCUGUCGAUUCCUAUCUAACUCGGUACAGUCUCACAAGUCUGUCAGAUCCUUCUUCUGUGUCCUUAAGCUAUACUCUCCGGGAAAGUGAUUACGAACCAAACACUCAAGGAUUACUAGUCAAUGGAGAUGCAUACACACCAACUGAUGGUUUCACUACCAUCGAUUGUAGUGUGGACUGUAUUGCAUCAAUGGUGUGUGGGCGGGGAGCUACUGGAGUCUUCGGAGUAGAUGCAUUUGAUAUACAUUUUUCUGGUGAUGUACCGUUCUGGGGGUAUGCAUACGGUUUUGCCAAGGAAAUUUCAUUUGCUUACCCUCUUCCAUUUGCGAUGAAACCAAUAGGACUGGCUUGGAUUGAAGCUCAAGACAUGAAUGUUUUGGAAACAGUGGGUCAAGUGGAUAUGGAGUUCUUGAUAACAAGAGGGGACCGUUCAACAGUAACAAGAGCUUUUGCUGUUACUAGAAAUUUGUCUGCAACAGAAGGAGAGGACUAUACUUUAACUGGUGUACGCCCAGGAUCAGGCAAUAGUAACAUGAGAUGGAGACGCCGUAAUUCAGCUCCCGUUAAUCGAUUUAUCGUGCCCAUAAUUGAUGAUGACAUUCCGGAACCAAUUGAAAAAUUGGAAAUAUUUGUUGAAUGUGAUGCUAGUGAAAACUGUUAUCUACCACGACAAAGUUACACCAUCACCAUUAUAGACGAUCAAGGUCAGUGUGAUCAUCUUCCCCCGUUGUCCAAUGGAAACAUCUCCUAUAGUUUUGAUGGUUACCCUCUGAGGCCGUAUGGUACUGUUGCCACUCACACCUGUAAUCAAGGAUACACUCUCUCUGGAGAUGAAAACAGGACAUGUAACAACAGUGAAUGGUUGGGAACAAUGCCGACAUGUAUAGCCUUUUGCCGUGACCUGCCUCCAAUUGACAACGGUGUCUUGGAAUACGAUAUGAUGGAAAGUCUGUUUAAUGCCACUAGACCGAAUGGAACUGUUGCAACAUACACUUGUGACGAUGGAUUCAGGCUGGAUGGAAAUGCCACUAGCUAUAGGAUAUGUGACACUGGAAAUUGGACAGCCACAGAACCUGCAUGCAUAGAAAACCCAACAGUGUCCACGGCUCGGUCAAUCAGUCAGGGAGGUGACCCUGUGAUUAUCAGCGUCACCGCUGUCAUGGUUAUGGCUGCUCUUGCUAUAUUGGCGAUAGUUUGCUGUCUCUGUACGAGAAGAUCGGUACGAAACAAAGAAAAAAAGUUAAGAGUGUCUACUAUAAGAAUGAGGAAGUUGUCUGGCCCAGGAACUCUUAUAGAAUAUCAAACGCGGGAGAUUUUGAAGUAUGUUCCAGAAUCAAUGAGAAUUCCCAGCUCUAAUCUGAAAUUGCAAGAUGCAGUUGGUCAAGGAGCCUUUGGGAUUGUGUACAAAGGAUUACUAAUGGACUGGAAUAACGUUGCCAUGAGGGGUGUGGCUUUGAAGACACUAAAAGGUCUGUUCACUCAGAAUGACGUACAGAGCAUGGUGAGUGAGAUCACCAAAAUGCAAGAAUUCCACCACCCUCACGUCAUGCCUCUGAUUGGGGUGUGUCUUGAUGCCGGAUCCGGUGUUUCCAUGGUGAUGCCUUAUAUGACGAACGGGAGUCUACUAGACUAUUUGAAAAAAGAGAGGUCUAACCUAGAGUUGGCAGAGGGAGAGGAUUCUGAGAAGGUGUUUGCUGUGAGGAAGUUGCUGUUGAAGAUGUGUCAUCAGAUAACUCUUGGAAUGGCGUAUCUUGCUGGGCACAAGUUCGUCCAUCGAGAUCUGGCUGCUAGGAACUGCAUGUUGGAUUCAAACGGUGACCUCAAAGUUGGUGAUUUUGGCUUGGCUGAGGAUAUGUAUACGCAAGGAUACUUCAGACAGGGUGAAGCUGAGGGAGUUAAACUGCCGUACAAAUGGUUGGCAAUGGAGAGUCUAAGCGAUGCUAUCUUCAACGAGAAAACUGAUGUGUGGUCGUAUGGUGUAACCGUGUGGGAGGUCUUCAGUGGUGGCCGAACCCCCUACCCUGGAGUGGACCCAAUGUCCCUAGUGGCUCUACUCAGAGAGGGAAAGAGAUUGGAACCUCCCCAGAAUACUGCUUGCUCUACAGAGAUGGUCUCACUGAUGACCAGGUGUUGGUACGAGGAUUCAGAAGAGAGGCCAUCCUUUGAUGAGCUAGCAACCGAGUUGGAGAAAGUUUUAAGUAUCAUGGUGGGCUACAUGGAAUUGAACAUGGAGCUAGUCGCUAUCACUGAGGAUGAACACAAGUAUGAUCAUGUCCUCUCGCUCGAAGAGCAAAGCAAACUUACUGAGGCUGCUACUGAGAUGGAAACAAAUGCUUCGUAUGGGCUCAGAGACGAGGAUCAGUUACAAGCUGAACAAAAAACCAUGGAGACCAAUCUUGUUUAUGGGCUGAGAAGUGAACAUGAUUUGCAGGUUACUGAAUCAGCUCACCAUUUCAACAGUGACCCACAACAAUCCGAAUCUGAACCGCGUAAUGGCAAUCGAGGCGUAAGAACAGCCACUGGAUAUACUAAUGUAAUGUACAGACGACGAUCUUCAUACCAAACUUCUGUUUGAAAACUUUUACGUAUAUGCAUGUAUGCUACGUGUAUUUUUGGUGUCAGUGAAGUCGUACUGAUUCUGUAGGAUUUAUAGAAUGACUAUUUUUGUAUAUACAUGUAUACAUGCCAGUGCAUUUAUGUGCAUGAUUGUGAAUUGGCAGUUUAUUAUACUUCUAGAUGAUG